CAAAUACUAGUAACUUACGAAUAUCUACUCUUAAAGGCCAAGUUUCGCAGCCGUAUAGUAGAACGGAACGAACUGCCGCGAACAACAACUUGAUGUACUCCAUUUUAAACAAAUUACAUCAUUUUAGGAUUUAUGAUACUGUUUGGUCGUUCAGUCCGAAGUGGUGCUGUGUUUGAAUCCACUGAUUGAAAGCCGAAUCCCUUACAUAUCUUUGCAAUAUUCGUCUUAAACAAGUACAUGUCGACCAUUUCAAUACCUAAUUGUCCUUCACAAUCAGCUUGAUAGUACCCAAAUUAUCUAGGAGACACAAGCUAGAACUUCGUUUCAAGUUGUGACAUACAUUUUUGGAUUACCUGGCAAUCAAAAAAUCUGUUUAUAAUGACCAAAAGUAUUCGAAGUAAAUCAAAAAGACGAUUCCGUGCGAUUAAACGUAGACGUAGCUUUAAGAAACUCAAGGAUCAGUUGAUAGAAUCUACCAAAAAAAGUGAAGAAAACUCAGUCUCUUCCGAACAGUUGGUUGACUCAACUUCAAAUCACAUGGAUAUUGUUCCCAAAAGCUUGCCAAAAAUACUGUGUAAUGAACAUGGAACCUACCCAGUGUGGCUAAGUAAAAAAGAACGCAAAAGACAAAUAAAAAUGAAAAGACUGCAGAAAAAACGGUAUCGUCCUAAAAAGCCUAAAGUGUAAACUACAUUACAAAUGUUAUAGUGUUUUCGUAA